CACGCGGCGAGGUGAAGGAGGCGAAGACUCGGAGCAAGCCCAGGUCCCGCCGCCGCCGCGUGCUGCUCUUCCCGCUCCCGUACCAGGGCCACAUCAAUCCCAUGUUCCAGCUCGCGGGCCUCCUCCACGCGCGCGGCUUCGCCGUCACCGUCUUCCACGCCCGCUUCAACGCGCCCGACCCGUCCCGCCACCCGGCCUACGGCUUCGUCCCCGUCCCCGACGGCUUGCCCGCGGGCACCCCGGAGACGGUGGCGGCCACCAUGGAGCACAUCCUGGCCGUCAACACCUCCUGCGAGGCGCCGUUCCGGGAGCGCCUGGCCGCCCUGCUGGACGCUCCCGGCGCCAGGGACGAGGUCGCGUGCCUGGUCGCCGACGCGCACCUGCUGGCCCUCGUGCGCGUGGCGCGGCGGCUGGGCGUGCCGACGCUGGUGCUGCGCACCGGCAGCGCCGCCUGCUUCCGCAACUUCCUGGCCAACCCCGUGCUCUGCGAGAAGGGGUACCUCCCGGUGGGGGCGGAGUCGAAGCUGGACGCGCCGGUGAGGGAGCUGCCGCUGUACCGCGUCCGGGACCUGAUGGGCGCCAACAGCAGGAGCCGCCACGAGCACGAGCUCAUGUGCGAGCUGCUGUCCCGGGCGGUCGAGGCGGUGCGGAGCUCCGCAGGGUUCGUCCUCAACAGAUUCGACGCGCUGGAGGCGGACGACCUGGCGGCGACCCGGCGCGACCUCGCCGGCGUGCCCGUGUUCGACGUCGGCCCGCUCCACAAGCUCUCCCCAGCGUCGUCCUGCAGCCUUCUUCAGCAGGACCGCUCCCAGCAAGGGAUCGAGUGAAGAAACUGGAUUGGGAUCAUGGAGUAAAUCAAACGAGGAUGCAAGUAUGCAACUCAUGUUCGUGUAGGUAGUCAUUCAGACAUUUCUUAACUCUAUGGCAAAUAGUUCACAUGGUAGAGCCAGCUGUGGUGGAGAGGCUAGAUAGUUUUAGUAUUCAGACUUUCAGUUGCUGCUAGCUCUUCUUUGCUCUACCGGAAUGGAUGUGUUUUUGUCCACAUAAAAUUCUAACAUGAAUUUUCUAUUUAGCUAGCAAAUUCAAUAAUUUAUGUACCGUAUUUGCAUUUUGUAGUCAUACUUUCUAUUGGAAUUUGACUUAUAAUGGUUUUUACCGUAAAAAAAGGAGCCAGCUAGCUCUUGUGUCGUCUCAUUUGCUUGUCUCCUAUGGUGCUUGCAUUUGAUCUUCCAAUUUGAAUUACAACUUAAGCAUUAUCUGUAAGGCCGACGGAUUGAUGAAACGCGAAGUGGUGGAGGUAGAGACAUAUCGCGCGAGAGAAAAUUUAGCACUUUUUCCGACGCACAGUCAUUCCUCGCCAUUUCUCUUGAGUGAUGAAGCACAUACCUAUACGUACGAAGGAGAGAUGGGGUGAGUUUGAAGUUCAUCAUGAAUCUGACCAUCACGAAAGCGAUUUAUAACUUGAAACUGAUAUUGUUUUUCUAUAGGAAUAACACAUUAGUAUUUGAUUGAAUAACUUUGAACCAGUUAUUAUUUUUAAAAUAGGGUGUCAUGUUGAAAUUGAAGGCGACAGUCUCCAUUCAUGUUUCCUCCCGUUGCAUCGCACGGGCAUUUGUAGCAAAUACGGUUUCUGUCGUCCGUCAUGGCAUUUUUCGAAAAAGUCCCUCCGUUUUCAGUUAUUCAACCCGCAGUCCUCACCAUUAGUCAACCAAUCGUUCGCUACAUGCGACAGGAAAGAAAAAAGAUAAA